AUGGAGGAGGACGAGAUGCCGAUGUGCAGUAUGCAAACUCGGCGUGGUAUCUUGCGACAUGGGCAUCCUGUCGCGGACGUUCCGUAUCCCAUUUCGUUUGAGGAAAUGGUACUCCAGGGAGAGAAGCAUACGCACGAGCUGUUGUCGACCGUUUGCCAGCAAAAGGCGUUUCACUUUACUCCGAUGGAAAACUUUGCCAAGCUCAAGAAUAUCCUUGACUUGGGAUGUGGUCGUGGAAUUUGGCUGGCAGAAGCCGCCAAAGAAUGCAAGCACGCAAACUUGGUGGGAUUCGACCUUGUCGACGUUUUCAUGAAGCCAAACGAACUCCGCAACAAGCAUGGUCUCAACGAGUCUCAGAUGGCUCGCAUCGAGUUUGUCCAGGGCAACUUUUUCAACACGUUGCCUUUCCCGGCAGAUCACUUUGACUAUAUCAGGCUCGCCUUCCUUGAGCUUGCGAUUCCUGAGCCAAAGUGGGUUCCUCUCCUCAAGGAAGCUUGGCGGGUCCUUCGACCUGGAGGCAAUCUCGAAGUCAUCAUCGAGUCUCAGCUGUUCCCGACUGUGUGGUCUUAUGACAAGCUCCCGGUGCAAACCGCACUCGAAGAAGAGUUCAACGCUAUGCUCGAGAAGCGCAACAUCCCACCGCCGACCAACAUUGGCGAAAAGAUGUAUUUCGACGCGCACGCACGGGUGAAGACGCACCAGCAUGUCUCCAUCCGGAUCGCACCUCGUUCAGCAGGUCGUUCGAGCCUCGAUGGACCGGCUAGCCCGCGCAACUUUGGCAGUAUGCGUUCGAUGCAUUCUCCCUGGAGCAGCGAGCCGCUCAUGUCGAGUGGUAUGGUCUCCCCACCGCCAUUUGGUCGACCUUCGCUCGACCGCAGUGGUAGCUCGCUUGACGUGCUCCCGCCUGCGGGACAGGUCGUGACGUCCAAGACGUGUACCGUUCCUGGCAUCAUCAUUGCUCCGGACACGUUUAUCCCAGUAUCCGAGGAGAUGCUGUACGCAUAUGCGAGUCACAGCGCAUUGAUCCUCAACGCCACCCGUCUCGCAUCGUUUUCUGACAAGUAUCCGGAUGCGUCGUUGGACGAUUAUCAAGAAGAAUGGCGCGAGCAUUGGGAGCGAUACUGGCAAUACGAGAGGACCAAUCGGCUUCGUCUGGGAUUCCGUAUGAACCAGUUUGACGACGACGAUGAUAUCGUACCUGCGGCUCCGUCUCGUGGUCGCUGGAGGUGGGAAAAGUGUGAUGACGAUUUGGAACGCCCACUGGAAAUCCGCCGCUUUAGAGCGUGGUCACUUACCAAACCUAUGACCUCUCGAUAA